AUGGCAUCGCUGCCGAGCAAUGCUAUCUCGCUCUUUGGUCUUGCCAUCGUUCCCAACUCGCCUGUCACUGUCCAAGCCGUUCGUCUCGCCAUGGUUAUUCCCCUCAUUCUGGGCAUGGCCCUUGAUCGCAAGACAAAGAAGCAUCAGGACGAUGAUCCGCUCGUCACCUUUCUCUCCAUCUUUGUCGGCAAGUUGGUCAACUGUGUCGGCUUUGUUGCCAUGCUCCUCAACGUCAACGAGCUUCCCUUUCCGCUCCCGCUUCGCGCUGCUGCCUUUCUCGUCCUCGCCGUCCUCACUGGCUACGAAGUCGUCGAUAUGGCCGUCCGCGUCAUCGACUUUUUCCCCAGCCGCCCCUCGGAUGACGUCGGCUACGCCCGCUAUGGCGGUGCCGGCGGCAUGAUCGGCUUCUCCAUCGAGGCAAAGGUCAAGGAGAAGCUCGACUCGAUCGGCCUCGCCUUUCUCUUCCUCUCCUGUGCCGCUGACCUCUUCACCCUCCUCGCCUACUUUGCCCUCGCCGGCCUCGCCCUCUCUGUCCGCUGGGCCCACACCUCGCUCGCCCACAAGUUCCAGGUCCGCACCUCGUCGGUCGGCAAGGCCUCGGCGCUGGCCGAGCUUGAGCGCCUCAAGCUCCAGUCGCCGGUCCAUCAGGCGACCGAGCUGUUCGGCUCGGGCGCAGGCCCGGCUGCCACCCCCGAGUUCACCACCGCAUACACUGUCGGCUGCUUCGACCUCUUCCACGACGGCCACAUCCGCCUCCUCACUCGUAUGCGCGAGCACGCCGCGCGCAUCGUCGUCGGCGUCCACGACGACGAGUCCAUCUUCCGCCUCAAGAACCGCUACCCCAUGGACAACACCGUCAAGCGCAUCCGCAAUGUCAAGACCUACGCGGACGUCGUCUUUGUCAUCCCGUCCACAAACCCUACCCCGUACCUCGACUGCAUCAUCGAUCGCUCAGACGCAGACUCCUCCUGCUACAUCCGCGGCCAAGACAUGCCCAACUUUCCCGGCCGCGAGCUCUGUGAGAAGCUACUCACCAUCAAGCUCCUGCCCUACACUCAGGGCGUCUCCUCCACAAAGCUGCGCGGCGAGCUUCUCGAGCGCAAGUCGCUCGACGCUGUCGACGGCGACUGGAUCCGAUACAAUGGCCGCUGGAUCCGCUCCUCCACCGAGUGGCUCCGCUACGGCGACAUCUGGGUCCGCUACCCCUCCUCGCUCACUGUCGAGUAG